CUCUCUCUCUCUCUCUCUCUCACCCACACACAAACACAGUGUUUCUCUUGAAAUACUCGGUUUUGGUUUCUGUUUCUCCUAUAGGCACUUUUAGCUCGUACACAGCUCCAUCUGGUUUUUCUGCUCAGCUAUCUAAUUUCUUCCGGCUUCAACACGUGGUUCAUCCUUGGUUAUGUGCGUUUGAAUUGCUUUGUGUUUUGUUAGUGUAGCUUUUACUAGGCAGGUUUACAAGCAGUAAAUUUUUCCCCUUGGGACUUUAAGAUGGGAGAAACAUCAAUCACUGAUCCAGCCCCUGACUCUGUGGCUCCUCAGAGUCUUCCCAUGAGACCAGUUGGAUGUCCCCCUGGCCUGGAGUAUUUGACACAGAUCAACCAGCUUCUGAUUCACCAGAAGGUUGAGAUGGUUGAAGUUUUUUUUGGAUGUGAGACCAACAACAAGUACAUGGUGAAGAACACGCUCGGCCAGCAGAUCUUUUACGUAGCCGAGGAGAACGACUGUUGUAAUAGGAACUGUUGCGGACCAAUUCGUUCCUUCGUCAUUCACAUUCAGGACAACCUGGGCUACGAGGUGAUGAGGCUGACGCGACCGUUGCGCUGCGGCAGCUGCUGUUUCCCCUGCUGUCUGCAAGAGCUUGAGGUGCAGUCUCCACCGGGCUUUCCUAUUGGCUACAUAGUUCAGACAUGGCACCCUUGCUUACCCAAAUACACCAUUCAGAAUGAGAAGAAACAGGACAUUCUGAAGAUUGUGGGACCCUGCUGCCCCUGGAAAUGUUGUUCUGAUGUGAAUUUUGAGGUUUUGUCAUUGGACGAAACGGCCUCCGUGGGUCGGAUCAGUAAGCAGUGGGCGGGCCUCCUGAAAGAGGCUUUCAGCGACGCUGAAAAUUUCGGCAUCGAGUUUCCAAUGGACCUGGAUGUCAAGAUGAAGGCGGUGCUUCUUGGAGCCUGUUUUCUAAUCGAUUUCAUGUUCUACGAGGAUCCUAAAUAAAAAUCUGACCUCGACCUCCUUCUUUUUCUGUCACCAUGAGACGUCCGUCCUUUGGCUCUUUAGAAAACAUAAUAUGAUGGAUAUGUAGUACAUCUUUCUUUUUUUUUUCUUUUUUUUUAUCUACAAAUAUUGAAUGUAUCUUGUAUAGACAUGUACACUGUAGUACCCUUUUUUGUCUAUCUGUUUCAUGUGUAUUAUAAAUAUAACCUCUAGAUGGCAGCGCAGCGCUUCAGUGUAACAGUUACUGAGCCAUUGUUUUUACGCUCUGUUCAUUAUGAUGAUGUGCCAGUUUAUAGAUCACAGACUUUUACUUUUAAAAGCAACUGAAUAUUAGGCCACUUUGGCAAAUACUACAACUUAAUUGGUCCCUGGACAACCAGAACAGUCUGACUACUACAUCUACAUGAAAAGUAUAGAGCUCAGUUUGAUCAAUAAUAGAAGAUUUGUAUACAGCAACUGAGGUCCCAGUUGAGCAAGUCGUUCCUCCGAAUGAAAGUCCUCAUUGAUGCCCAUCACAGGUGACCCAGAUCAGUCUAUCUGUGCAUUUAAAUCUUUUGACCAAUGGAUGACCCCUCAAAAAAACAACCCCAAUUACCCAAUACUAUGUUAGCUCUCUCGCUAGUCUGGAUUCAACAAAGCAAAAGCCAGGAAGCCAUAAGUGACUCUUCCCUGGCCUUGAUGGUUGAAACAGUCUUGCUGCAGCAGGAUAACAAAGGCCAUACCUUCCCACGUGUAGUGAUUCUUCUUUCGAGUCUUCGCUCAAUAAUUAAUCGAGAACGCACAUCAAUUUUUGAUCCCGUUACGGCUGAGCGUGAGCAUCGCCAGAGGUGCUUAAGGAUACACUAUACAAAACCUAAACCAGAUGCCAGAUUGCAAUAAGCGAACUCGGCGCUUGACUGUGUUACAAGGGCAGAACUGUUUUUAUUUAGAGCCGCUCUGUGAAAUCAUAUCGGGAAUCAAAUCGUGUCGGGAGAUGAUGGCACCCACACACUCGAUUAGAUCCUGAGACAAAAGUGACAUGAAACUGAAUAGACAAGCGUCCCGAAUGUCAGAAUGUCAAGCAGGUAUGAAAUUGAAAAUUGAAAUACUGGAAUACAUACUCAUCAGAGGUUGCUGACACAAGGUUGGUUAGGGUCCAUAGAUCUGUUCUGUUUGACCCAAAAGGCAUCAGGAUUCAUCAGAUUAAGCAAUGUUUUUUCAAGUAUCCAGGUUUAGGGACCAACAUGGCAUCAGAUUUUGUGCUCAUGGCUGACAGGAGAGGGUUGUAGCAAAUCCUCUGUAAACAUAGCAAAUUAGCCUCAAUUAGCCUUCCAGUCAGGUCAAACCGUCUAGCUUUAGUUUUGGAACAGGUCUAGAUAUGGAGCUGCUAUUUGACACGGAUGAGAUUCGACAUUUGAUGAGGUACAAAUGUGAAGAACGAGCAGCCUGUUUCGAGGUCCCUAGUGCUACUCUGGCACACUGCUGGAAAGAAAAAUCUGAUCACCACUCUAGAAUCUCACAAUGCAUACCAUGGCCUCAUUUGUUCGAUCUUCAGCUCUGUUUCUCUCCCAGGCUGUCCGGCUCGAGCUCUGCAGUGGAAAGAAAGAUGCCUGCCCUUUUAUUUAUUAAUCGCAUUCUGCUAAUUCAGAGUUGCCUGGCCCUGUUGUAGUUGAGCCUAGAGCAUGGAUCCGAGCCUUAUCAAAUAUGCAGCAACUUUCAAAGCCAGACCUGCUCUGCCAAAACCCCCUCUGACAGACUCCAGGCCCUCAAUUCACCCCCAUGCGCUGCUGUCAGUCAAAUCAGCCCGGCUCAUCAGAGGCGUCAAAAUCGAUAUCUGGUGUAAGACGAGACUAACAAGGUGCAGGUGCAGAUUCUUUCUAUUCCUCAGCACUGUCGAUAAUACAUAAAAUAUGACUAUACAAUAUCAUGAUGCACAACACUACAGCAGUUCGGGUUAUUUCUUCCAUGGCGCUGUUCUCUAUUCUGAUUGUCCAGAAUGUUUUGAUGUUUUCUCCCCCUCAAAUAAACAUAUUCAGAUUUA